AUGUUCGCAGCACCACUCCUACGCAACGCCGUGGCGUCCACUUCGUCCGGCUCGGCUGCUGCCACCGCAUCCGCAUUUUCGCAGGCCCACAAGUCGUACGUCAAGUCGCUCUACCGUCGCUACCUGAAAAACUCGCUCGACUGGUGCAUUCGCAGAGACGUCUGGAGAGACCGCGCUAUCGAGAUCCGCGUCGAGUUUGAGCGUCACCGCAACGUUCGCAACCCGAGGGAGCUGGCUACUCUCUUCGAGAAAGCCGAGAGGGAGCUCAAGCGUAUUCAGCACCCGGACCCACACCGACCCGCACUGUUCGAAGACGGCACAAAGUGGGAACGCAACCUGCCUCCUCCCAUGUUCACCGAAGCAGAGAAGAAGGCCGCUCUCGACGCGCAACACCACUAA